AUGGCGGCAAUGUCCACAUCUCCAAUGAACCUUAACAUGAUUGACUCUAACUUCGAAGUCGACAAGCUCACCUACGAAAUAUUCUCCAUUCUCGAGAACAAUUUCCUCUUCGGCUACGGCGACGCGGAGAAUCGCACCAAUUCCGUUCCUAACGCCGUCAAUUUUCCGGCGGGGGAUGCCAAACCGGUGAAACACGCCGCCGGCAAGGUCAGGAUCCUCUGCAUUGAUGGCGCCGGCGCCACCGAUGGCAUCCUCGCUGCGAAGUCCCUCGCGCACCUCGAGGCCUGUCUCCGCCGCAAGUCCGGCGACGUGAACGCGCGUGUCGCGGACUUUUUCGACGCCGCCGCUGGCUCCGGCGUCGGCGGCGUACUUGCCGCGCUGCUCUUCACGCGCGGGAAGGAUGGUCAGCCGCUGUUUACCGCCGAAGAGGCGCUGAAGUUUCUCACUGACAACCGCCGCAAGAUUACCCGGCGGCCGGGGAUCCUCCGGCGAGUGCUACGGCCCGAGGCUAAGGCGGAGAAGCUCUUCCGAAAGACGUUUGGAGAGUGCACGCUGAAGGACACCGUGAAGCCGGUGCUGAUCCCGUGCUACGACCUCGUCACGCGCGCGCCGUUCGUUUUCUCGCGCGCCGACGCGCUGGAAAUGGACGGGUACGAUUUCAAGAUGCACGACGUAUGCGCUGCCACGUCAGCGGACCCUUCCUUUGCGGGCCCUACCGAGAUGCGGUCCGUCGACGGCAGGACCAAGAUCAUGGCCGUCGAUGGAGGCGUUGCGAUGAACAAUCCAACGGCUGCUGCCAUCACGCACGUGCUAAAUAAUAAACACGAGUUUCCUUUCUGUAAUGGUGUCUCCGACCUCCUCGUACUCUCCCUCGGUAACGGAGAGUCAGACUUUAACGCCGUUAAGUCACCGUCGGGUUUCGUAAGGAUAGCUGGCGAAGGAGCUUCCGAUACGGUUGAUCAAGCCGUAUCAAUGGCAUUUGGUGAUUGUCGGAUGAGCAAUUAUGUGCGGAUUCAGUCAAACGGUGUUAUAAACAAGGGAGUGCAGAUGAAAUCGGAUUUGUUGGCAGUUUCUGAGGCGAUGUUGAGCCAGAAGAACGUUGAAUCCGUUUUGUUCAAGGGGAAGAAGGUGGCAAAUAACACCAACUUGGAGAAGUUAGAGUUGUUUGGGGGAGAGAUAAUUAAGGAGGAACAAAGAAGAAAAACCAGCAUUUUACCAACCGUGGUGUUGAAGAACAACAAUGCCUCCCCCUCCCCCAGCAGAACCUCCUCUGCCACUACGUUGUCCACUUUGUCUUCGAAUUGUUGA